AUCACUGAGUAUUUCUAGCGUGCGUAAGGGAAGAAGAAAAUCCCGCAGGAACAGUACUUACCGGUGUCACUGGUUUCGGUUUCCGUUUCCGAUUUGCUUACGAUCGGGCCUUGGUAGAUACCGUUGAUUGGAUUCGCUGUGUUCUGUGGAAGCCAGGCAGCAACACAAUGGAUUUAUAUAACUACUACAUCUGGGAAAAUGCAGAUCCCCGAACACACAAGUGGUUCCUCGCAGGUUCUCCAUUCCCUAUGAUGGGUGUUAUUAUCGUCUACCUCGCUCUGGUAUACUACAUAGUUCCUAAGUACAUGGAACAUCGAGAAGCUUACAAGAUGAAGACAUUCCUAGGAUUUUACAAUUUGUUUCAAGUAGGAUACUGCGUUAUGGUGGUAGUAAAGUGCUUUCAAGCAGGAUGGACGCUGGACUAUUUCUACCGGUGUUACGAAACGGAUUAUUCCAAUCGCCCGAAAGCUGUAAAGAUGGCUGAAGUGACUUGGUAUAUUCUGUUCAUAAAGUUCUUCGAGCUAAUGGAGACAAUUCUAUUCGUUCUACGCAAGAAACAAAAUCAAAUUUCAUUUCUCCACGUUUAUCAUCACAUUAGUACCUUUUUUAUUGCCUACGUAUUCUGCAAAUAUGUUGGAGGCAGCAUGCUAGUGUUCUCGAUAGUAGCCAACUCGGUAGUACACAUCAUAAUGUACGCGUACUACUUCAUAUCAGCAUACGAUGUGGCAAUUUUCAAGUUCUUAGCAGCCAAGGUAAAAAAGUACAUAACCAGUAUUCAGUUGAUUCAAUUCGCGCUGCUAACGACAAACAACCUGUUCGGCUUGCAGCCAAACUGCAACACUUGCAAGCCGUUUCUCGCUAUGUACAUUCCAAACGUGUUUGUUUUAAUCUAUCUUUUUAGAGAUUUUUAUAAAAAAUCCUACGACAAGAAACAAUUCAAGGUCAAGUAGAUCAUCAAGAAAUGCAAUCAAGCUAAUGUCGCCGGGCUGAAGAUAAUCCAGUUGACCCCUAAGGGACCGGAGGUUUCAACGACAAAGAUGAAACUGUGAUAAACGAGAACGUUAGUAAGAUCGUAAUAGGUAUGCGUAAUUAAUUGGGCGCGCCAUCAACAGAGACGCUUGUAAGGAACUAAAAAAAUAGGCACUACAAUUAAAACAGCACGCUUCAAUUGCCUUAAUUAAAUUGAGCAAUAUGAAAACUAUUUUCCUUGAUACCAACUAGAACUUCAGAGACAGGGGUUUGCCAUUAAGUGAUAUUGAAUACAACGAAUGAUAGAUAAAGAUAAUAAAUAGUGAAGCAUGAUUCAGCUUCUGAUCUAA